UCGCUGACAACACUGUGACAUGACAAGUGAAGGAUUUCUGUUCUAACCUCUUUUGUUCAAGUGAAGUAAAUAUUUUGUAAAAUAAAGAAAAUGGCAAAACCCGUAGACUUAGAAUUAAAAAAAGCCUUUUUUGAAUUACAAGUAAAAAUGGUAGAAGCAAGUAAGGAAAUUAAAGACAUAGAUGCAAAGCUGGCUGUAUUAACGCGCUACUUGCAACAUGCAGGUAUUACUCAGCGUGAGAUUAGUACUUUACCAUCUGACACAAAAACCUACGAAUCUGUUGGCAGAAUGUUUCUUCUCACUGAUUUGGAUACUGUUAAAACUAAUCUCAAAAAUAAAGAAACACAAUUGACGACACGUGCUCAAGAACUUGAAAGCACUAAACAUUAUUUAGAAAAGAAUCUCAAGGAAAGUGAAGACAACAUCAGGGAGAUGGUGCAGCAACGUAAAGGACAAAGCGAUUCUAAGGCUAAUUAGUUAUAAGUCACUGUAGUCCUAAGUUCGCAACAUAUGCUUUCACAAAUUUCAUAUAUACUUCUAGAGCUAAAUUCUUUUUUUUUCCAAAUAAAUUACUAAGUUACUAAA